UCAUUGAAGCAGAGGACAGUUUUUAGAUGAUCAUCGUAAGCAAAGAGAAAGACACGUCGAAAAGAAGACAAUGAGAAACUCACACCCAUAAUUUGCUGCUCAUCAUUUCUAAUUAUUAAAAUAAAAACGAAUAAUGGCUGCUUUCUUCCAUGGAGAAUCUGAAAUGAGAGAACCCUUUUCUGAUCUUUUUAUGAUGAAUCUGAAUUCAUUUUCCGAUCCGACAACGACCACUGAUGCUCGUAACCAUCACUUCUACAACUUGUGCUUUGGUUCCCAACAGCAUCGACCGCGAGAUGAAGUAGAUCAUAUAGAACAAGGAAAUUCUUCCAUCUCCACGUUUUCAAAUGGAGGAGUUUUCAGAGUUUUGGCUCCGAUCUAUUUGAGAGCUGCUCAAGAAUUACUCAAUGAGAUUGUCAAUUUUGGAAACGGUAGCCACGGCGUAAAACUAGAGCGACCGAUGAGUAUAGAGUCCAAGAUUUAUAGAGUUGGAGACAUCAGUGGUGGCCAUAAGCCUGGCGUGGCUGCUUUGCAAAUGAAGAAAGCAAAGCUCAUCUCCAUGGUUGAAACGGUUGAACAGAGAUACAAGCAAUACUAUGACCAAAUGCAGACUAUAGUCUCAUCGUUUGAGAAAGCCGCGGGUUUAGGCUCAGCAAACUCAUACACACAUAUGGCGUUACAAACAAUAUCAAAGCAGUUUCGUGCUGUAAAAGACAUGAUAUGUUUGCAAAUCAAACACAUAAACAAGCUCUUGCGACGAAAGGAAUGUGACGAGCAGCUAAAGCAGUUCGAGAAGAUGGCACAUCACCAUUCAAAUGCUUGGAGACCACAAAGAGGUUUGCCCGAAAAAGCUGUUUCAAUUCUACGCUCUUGGCUAUUUGAGCAUUUUCUACAUCCAUAUCCGAGGGAUUUGGAUAAGGUAAUGCUUGCUAAACAGACUGGCCUUACUAAGAGUCAGAUGAAUCUUCGAACUCGAUUUUACCCACCUUUCAUCAAAGAAUCAAUGAAAAUGAAACGCCUAUGCAAACUUCAUCCUCAAGUUGCAGCGUAGUCCUGAGGUUCACGAAACAACACAUGAAUCAAUCUAACUUCAUCAA